AGAAUCGGCAUAAAAUAACAGCAGGACCGAACUAACCUCUCACCUCCUGUCCGUGUCCUCGUCUGUCCGCCGCCUCACCAAAACGCGUCUCCCCCUGCCAUGCCCCGCAUUUCCUGGCUACUAUCCGCCCUGCUGUUAGUGCACUUUUUGGGCUGGAGCCGGGGCUACUUCCCCGAGGAGCGCUGGAGCCCCGAGUCCCCUCUCCUCGCCCCACGGGUGGUUGUCGCGCUCAUCUGCCGCAACUCAGCGCACUCUUUGCCGCUCUUCCUUGGAGCUUUGGAGCGCCUGCGCUACCCGAAGGACCGCAUUGCUCUGUGGGUGGCGACAGAUCACAACAUAGAUAAUACUACUUCCAUCCUUCGAGAGUGGCUCAUCAAGGUGCAAAAUGACUACCACUAUGUGGAGUGGAGACCUGAUGAUGGAUCCAGUGCCUUUGAGGAUGAAGUGGGGCCCAAACAUUGGAAUAAUCUUCGUUAUGAACAUGUAAUGAAGCUUCGUCAGGGGGCAUUGGACUCGGCCCGUGAAAUCUGGGCUGACUACCUCCUGGUGGCCGACUGUGACAACCUGCUCACCAACCCGGAUUUGUUGUGGAAACUGAUGAUAGAAAACAAAACCAUUGUUGCACCGAUGUUGGAGUCCAGAGCUGCAUACUCCAACUUCUGGUGUGGCAUGACUUCACAGGGCUACUAUAAGCGAACGCCAGCGUACAUACCAAUCAGGAAGCAGGAGCGUCUCGGGUGCUUUGCCGUGCCGAUGGUCCACUCGACGUAUUUGGUGGAUUUACGGAAGGAAGCCUCUCGACAACUGGCUUUUUACCCACCGCACCCGGAGUAUAGCUGGGCCCUCGAUGACGUCAUCGUCUUUGCCUACUCUGCUCGCAUGGCGGACGUUCAGAUGUUCGUGUGCAACAAAGAAACCUUUGGAUAUUUUCCUGUGCCCAUGCGUUCCCACGCGACCUUGCAGGAUGAAGCAGAAAGCUUUUUGCAUACUCAUCUUGAGAUCAUGGUGAAAAAUCCUCCACUGGAAUAUUCCAGCUUCCUGACUCUUCCUCCUAAGCAGCCGAGCAAGAUUGGCUUUGAUGAGGUAUUCAUGAUAAAUCUGGUGCGGAGAGCUGACCGGCGUGAACGCAUGCUGCGAACUUUACACGAGAUGGAGCUCAGCUGUAAAGUUAUUGCCGCUGUGGACGGCAAAGCUCUGAACAAAAGUGACAUAGAAUCUAUGGGGAUUAAUAUGCUGCCGGGAUACAAAGAUCCGUAUCAUGGUCGACCUCUCACCAAGGGGGAACUUGGUUGUUUCCUCUCUCAUUACAACAUCUGGAAGGAGAUAGUGGAUCGCGAUCUGCAAACCUCCUUGGUCAUUGAGGACGACCUGCGCUUCGAGGUGUUCUUUAAACGUCGUCUCCAGGCGUUGCUGCAGGAAGUGACGACACACAAGCUUGACUGGGAUCUCAUUUAUAUAGGACGGAAGCGAAUGCAGGUGGAUCAUCCGGAGAAAUCGGUACCAAACGUUCACAAUCUGGUGGAGGCCGACUACUCUUACUGGACUUUAGGAUACAUGCUGUCCUUGCAAGGCGCCAAAAAGCUCCUUAAAGCUGAGCCUCUGAAAAAGAUGCUUCCUGUUGAUGAGUUCCUUCCUGUCAUGUUCGACAAACACCCCGUGUUAGACUACAUGGAGCACUUUGAGGAUCGAAACCUCCGCGCGUUCUCGGCAGAGCCGCUUCUGGUGUAUCCCACCCACUACACAGGAGACUCAGGCUACAUCAGUGACACGGAGACCUCAGUAGUCUGGAACAAUGAAACGGCCAAGACCGACUGGGACCGAGCCAAGUCCAGGAAAACUCAGGAACAGGUGGAGCUAAGCAUUGAAGCAAAGAACUCUGAUGUACUUCAGUCUGAGCUGGAGAACUUUAGCGCACGAGAUGAAUUGUGAUGCCUUGGGAGAACACUCUGUUAAGAACACUGAGUAGUGAGCAGGUUGACAUACUGUAAAGCAGAGCAAAGCUGUGGUAGUGGGAGGAAUGAAAAAGAGGCUAGAAAAAUGGAUAGACACGGGUCGGGUGAGAGACGAGGUUAGAUAUCAAGUUGAAAUAACUCCUGAACAGUCACUUAUGAUCUGUGUCAUUCAUUCUUUUCAUGAUCAAUUUGCGAAAAAACAGAUGAAAAAGGGACUUAUAAUUCUUUAUCAAAUGAUGUGUUUUGUUUGUUGCAGAAUCCUAACGCUAACAAAAAAAGAUCUGUGAUUGUUUUUUGACUAUUUGGGGUCACAAACCCCAAUUGAGACAUAUACACACACAGAUCCUUGCAUUUCAUUUUAUAGUGGUCGGAAGAAGAAAAGUCUGGCCAGAAAAGGUGUUGGUAACUAUUUAUAAUAACUAUCCGUUGACUAGUUAAUAGAUCAUUAGUAAACUGUUGAUAAAUGAUUCAUUGUUGAUGUGUGAAGUAUUUGUUAACAGUUUGUUAAGCAUUUACAAGGUGUUCUCAACCUGAAACACAGUUUGUGUAGAAACGUUUAAAGUUUUUAUGUGUAACGUUUGGCAUUUCUGUCUUUUCAGGUUGAGAAAUGCCGUUCACUUCAAAAGAAAAGGCAUUUUGAUCAGGCAUUUUGCAGGCAGCGCUCAUGUUGCACAUUUAUGAAAAUCUGCCAUAGAACCAACAAAUAUUUGUACUUUUCCUUGUAUAUUUAACAAAUAAAACUUAUGACCUUCAACAUAAAGUGUAUAUAGUUUUAUUAAGAUCCAUCAACUAGCAUGGGCAUUUAGAAUGGGGUCAACCAUAUUGGAAAACCCUGUAAAUGCUUAACAAACUGUUAACAAAUACUUCACAAAUCAACAACAAAUCAUUUAUGAACAGUUUACUAAUGAUCUAUUAACUAGUAAAACGGAUAGUUAUUAUCAAGUGUUACCAAGGUGUUCUGGGUGGCACACAGUGAAAUGAAGACAGCCACUUGAACUACAAAAAAACAGAAUACCGCCACUAAAGAAACGAUGCAUGAAGCCGAUUACAAUAAAGCCUGCAAUACCUAAAUAUAAUAUGGCAAAAAAGUCAUUUAGUGGAUCGCAACUGUAGUCUUGACUGACCAAGCUAACUAGCUAAUGUAGCUUUACUGAGCUAUGAAGCUAAUGACCAAACCUAUGGAUCACAUAAAUGAAACCAACUUAAUAUAAAGAAAAUUAAAUUCAUCUUCUAAUUCUGAUCCCAACUUUAAAUUGAAAUAUGGAACAAUAACCCCCCCAACCACAUAUUAAAUAAGCCACUUUUUCAUUUUAUGGCGCUGUUUUUUGCCAAUGGAAAAGAGAAAUAACAAAUCACACAUGGAUUCCUUACAAGGUAGCAGCUUUUAUUUUAUUUAUUGCAUUCCUUUUCGGUCUCGACGUCACCAGACUGAGAUAAGAUUAAUUAUCUUUAAAAUAUACAAAUCUUAUUUGUUUUAAAGAUUACAUCAGCAGAGUUGAUCGUAAUUUAAUGUGAGUAAACUUAAUUAAGUAAAAGUUACCUGCAGUGUUUUGUCCCACUUGUUUUCCCCCAUCACCAUCAGUUGCCUCGUUUUCCUCUGCUGUGAUGAGUUCAAAGACCAAUGACUGUAAGAAACAUACCAAAACAAAUGCAUUGAUCCUUUGACACCUGGUGCUUGUUUUGACAGCUUAGUUGGGAGCCAUAAAUUCUUCUAUUUUUUGGCACCAACUAUUAGUCUUGUAUUUAUUAUCGAUUUAUAUCAUUACCUAACAAAGUUGUCACUAGUGAAUGUAAUGUAUG